AUGGUUCUCUCUCCUUCCUCUUCCUUGUCUAAAGAAGAAACCCUUUUCCGAAACAAACGGCAACGACAGCAGGGUAAGCAUGAUGCUUCUAACCCCCUAGUUGAUUCUUCAUGCAUGAGUGAUUCUCUUUCUCUGUCGGUCAUUGCAUUACGACGAUCAUUGUUAUGUCCACCAUGCCGUGUGCACGAUGGUGUAACAGCGAAAAACACAUUACUACAAUAUGUGGUUCUGCCAGGUUUCUUUAAAUCACAGUCCAAACGUGUAAAGGUGUCAUCCACACAGCGCAUACAAGUGCCACCCAGCACUACUUGUUGUAAGGCAUCACUACGAACACUUCUGAUAAAGGCACUGGAUGGGGCUCGUCAAUCUAUAGGUGCAGUGGAUGAGAUAUCAAGCGACUCAUUGUUGAUAGUAGCAUUUGCUGAAAUGACCACCCCAACCUCUCGUCAUGACAAUUCUAUUAAUUCUUCUUGCAAUAAUUCUCCUUUUUCUUCUUCUUUUGUUAAUGGUGGUGUUAGUACUGCCCUUCGACCAACGCAGAGAUUAGAAGUGGUGGGACUUUGUGUGGCUCGUGAACUGAGUAUGGCCUAUCGUUUGCACUGCAGGAAAACACCGAUAUCCAUAUCAUUAUCAUCAUCAUUGGUAUCCACUUCAGAAUCUUCAUUAACAACAACAACAACAACAACAACAAUCUUGGGAGGAUCAACAAGUGCGCCAUGCACUGCGUCUAACGAAAAUAAUGAGAAUCAUUGGGUUGAUGGUACAACGGAAGUUGGGGAUAUGUGGUGUACGGGAUCUUCCUUCUGUGGAAUUCAGUUUUUUUGGGUUUCAAAUGCACACCGUCGCUCUGGUAUUGCUACCAUGUUGGUCGAAUUGGCCCGUCAGAAUGUUUCGUAUGGGUUUGAAAUCCCUGCAGAGCAGGUUGCCUUUUCUGAACCAACAGUAUACGGUAAAAUCUUUGCAAGAAAAUACACUGGACGCCCUGAUUUUCUUAUCUUCUAA